AUGCCCAGGGAACUGAUCACACUUCAGGCCGGACAGUGUGGUAACCAAAUCGGAUCGCACUUCUGGGAACACCUGUGUCGCGAGCAUGGCAUUGCCAAGGACGGAACUUUGGAAGAGUACGCUGCUGAGGAGCAAGGUGGCGAUCGAAAAGAUGUCUUUUUCUACCAAGCAGACGACGAGCACUACAUUCCAAGAGCUAUCCUGGUAGAUCUCGAACCGCGAGUCAUCAAUAAUAUCCUCUCAGGGCCGUACAAGAACCUGUACAACCCAGAGAACAUUUACAGCAGCAAGACAGGGGGUGGCGCUGGUAACAAUUGGGCGCAAGGCUACGCGGCCGGAGAAAAGAUUGCGGAUGAACUCAUCGAAAUGGUAGAUCGAGAAGCCGAUGGCAGUGACAGUCUCGAGGGCUUUAUGUUGAUGCACUCCAUUGCAGGAGGAACCGGUUCUGGUCUCGGCUCUUUCCUGCUCGAGAGACUCAAUGAUGCUUAUCCCAAAAAGCUCAUUCAGACCUACAGUGUUUUCCCCAACUCAGAGGAGAUAUCCGACGUUGUAGUGCAGCCGUACAAUUCGAUUCUCUCCAUGAAACGUCUUACAAACAACGCCGACAGCGUCAUCGUUCUCGACAAUGCAGCUCUCAGCAGGAUCGCGACGGACCGACUUCACCUCCAGAACCCCAGCUACAGUCAAACCAACCAGCUCGUUGCUACCGUCAUGGGCGCAUCCACCACCACGCUGCGUUUCCCAGGAUACAUGAACAACGACCUUGUUGGAAUGAUUGCCUCGUUGAUCCCGACACCAAGGGCACACUUCCUCAUGACCUCUUACACACCUUUCACAUCCGACAAUGUCGAACGAGGCAAAGCUACCAUGAAGACUACAGUGCUCGACGUGAUGCGUCGUCUGCUGCAACCCAAAAACCGCAUGGUCAGCACGCUCGGCGCCUCGAAAUCCAGCUGCUACAUCUCGAUCCUCAACAUUAUCCAAGGCGAAGUUGACCCACGAGACGUUCACAAAUCGCUGCUGCGCAUUCGCGAACGUCACCUUGCCAGCUUUAUUCCAUGGGGACCAGCUUCGAUCCAGGUCGCUCUGUCCAAGCGAAGCCCGUAUGUGCCCAGCUCGCAUCGUGUCAGCGGUCUCAUGCUCGCCAACCAUACGGGUAUUGCAAGCCUUUUCAGAAGAAUGGUGGAUCAGUACGACAGGCUCAGAAAGAGAAGCGCCUUCUUGGAUAUGUACAAGCGCGAGCCCAUGUUUGCCAAUGACCUGUCCGAGUUCGACGAGGCUAGAGAGACGGUGGCCGAACUCAUGGCUGAGUACAAGGCGGCAGAGAGCCCAGAUUAUAUUACCGGCCAGCCAGACGAUCUAUGA